GGCAACGGUUGCCCUGGGCGAGGCGGACGACAAGUGUAUGUGAUGGCAACUGGAUGUGUGGAUGGCCUCCUUUUCUCGCGAGACAAAUUUUGAUUGAGGGCGAAAAUAAGCCGGGCGGGCGCCGGAGAGGAAAAACCUGAGCCCCGUUCCUACUGUCGGUCGCUCCUUCCCAGAUCAAUGCGCGGCCAGCCGCCAAGCCGAUUUGACUUAGCUCGUGCCGGAGCUCAGAAAAAGUUGAUCUUUAUCAACCCUUCUCUUUUCGCAUCUUUCAUUCCAUCUUCGAUUCAUCAUCCUUUUUCUUCUCUCCACUCAAUCAUAGUCAUCACUGAUCUCUUGAACCGUCAAGAUGGUUGAAGGUGAGGUUAACCAGGCGAAGAAGUCCUUCAUGGGCAUGCCCGGCUUCGUUGUCGAUUUCUUGAUGGGUGGUGUUUCUGCCGCUGUCUCGAAAACCGCUGCUGCCCCCAUUGAGCGUGUCAAGCUCUUGAUCCAAAAUCAGGAUGAAAUGCUCAAGGCCGGUCGUCUUGACCGUAAAUACAACGGUAUCAUCGACUGCUUCAGCCGUACCGCAAAGAACGAAGGUGUCAUGUCUCUGUGGAGAGGUAACACUGCCAACGUUAUCCGAUACUUCCCUACCCAGGCUUUGAAUUUCGCUUUCCGCGAUACCUACAAGUCGAUGUUCGCUUUCAAGAAGGAGCGUGAUGGAUACUGGAAGUGGAUGGCCGGUAACUUGGCCUCUGGUGGUGCUGCCGGUGCUACUUCCCUCCUUUUCGUCUACUCUCUCGACUAUGCCCGUACCCGUCUUGCCAACGACGCUAAGUCUGCUGCCAAGGGUGGUGGUGACCGUCAAUUCAACGGUCUGGUUGAUGUCUACCGCAAGACCUUGGCUUCUGAUGGUGUUGCUGGUCUGUACCGUGGUUUCGGUCCUUCCGUUCUUGGUAUCGUGGUCUACCGUGGUCUGUACUUCGGCAUGUACGACUCCAUCAAGCCUGUUCUCCUGGUUGGUCCUCUUGAGGGUAACUUCUUGGCCUCUUUCAUGCUCGGCUGGGGUGUCACCACUGGUGCUGGUAUCGCUUCUUACCCUCUUGACACUAUCCGUCGUCGUAUGAUGAUGACCUCUGGCGAGGCCGUCAAGUACAAGAGCUCUCUCGACGCUGCCCAGAAGAUCAUGGCUGCUGAGGGUAUCCGAUCCUUCUUCAAGGGUGCCGGUGCCAACAUCCUCCGUGGUGUCGCUGGUGCUGGUGUCUUGUCCAUCUACGACCAAGUCCAACUCCUCAUGUUCGGCAAGGCCUUCAAGGGUGGCUCCGGCUAAACGUCUCGCAAUUCGACUGCGAUGGCAAGAUCAGCAAGACCGUUUUUGGCAUUCGUUUGCUAGUUCUGAUCUUGCGCAAAACCAACACAAAAGGUGCGCGGGUAAUGGAGGGCCUUCAGUUGGAAGGCAGAGGGGUUCUGUAUGAUGCUUUGGGGGUAUGGUGGUGAGGGAGGUGCACAAGACACUUUGGUUGCAAAUAGACGUCUCAUGCAAUGCAAGCGAUAUGGGAUCGAGAUGUACAACGCAUGGAGAUGAAUGGCCACCAUUCCUGAAGGCGGGCUUCAUUGACACGGGGUUUUACUUGAUCUACUUUUUCGAUUGCGUCGUUCCUCAAAUCCCAAUUGUACUUUACUGCCUGAUCUUGCAGCUCAUCCUUCUAAACUAAAAAAGUCCCUUGAAGUGCAUAUUAGAAUUUUUUCAAAUCACUAGAUUGCCU